AUGACUGCUCUCCGGAACCCAAAGGGAACAGCCAUUGCAUCGAGAAGGGGGAUGGAGAAAAUCAUCUACGACUUCUACUCUGAUCUCUUCGACAGCCAUUUUCACUUACCUCCUCACCAUCUGAGGGAAGAUGGACAAGUCAUUCCAGAGGUUCUCCCGUCCGAAAUACGACAUGCUAUCAUGUCGGUAAGAAAUCGUACGGCACCCGGUCGCGACAGAAUAAGACCAGAACACCUUCCGCCAGUGCUCAUCAACACCCUGGCGAGGCUCUUUACACGUUAUCUGUCGGAAUGCAAGGUUCCUAAACAGUGGAAGACCAGCAAGACGGUGUUGUUGUAUAAAAAGGGAGAUCCACAUGACAUCGGCAACUGUCGUCCAAUCUGCCUACUGUCCGUCAUCUACAAGCUCUUUACAAGAGUGAUCCUUAAUAGGAUUGAAAAAGUCUUGGAUGAAGGACAGCCAUGCGAGCAAGCAGGGUUUCGAAAAGGAUUCAGCACGAUUGACCACAUUCACACUGUUUCGAAACUCAUCGAGGUAUCACGAGAGUACAAGAUGCCGCUGUGUCUCACCUUCAUCGACUUAAAGAAGGCUUUCGACUCGGUUGAGACGGAAGCGGUCGUGGAAGCCUUGGACAACCAAGGCGUCCCUACUCAGUAUAUAAAGGUACUUCGAGAGUUGUACAGUAACUUCACGACCGGAAUUUCGCCAUUCUACAAGAACAUCAUCAUUGACGUGAAGAGGGGGGGUCCGACAGGGUGA